AUGUCCACCACCGAAACCAAACCCCCGAUAACCUGCCACGUCCUCGACACCACCGUCGGCCGCCCCGCCCCCUCCAUCCCCGUCCUCCUCACACUCCACAACCCGCCUCCCUCGCUCUCCAGCAACCCGCUCACCUUCUCCGCGCAAACGAAUUCCGACGGACGCGUGACCUCGUGGACACCCACCUCCCCGUUUUCCGCAUCCUCCGUCGAGAACGUGUUUCAGAGCGAGGAGGGCGGAGAGCAGAUGUGGAGUUUACGGUUCGAUACGGAGGGCUAUUUUGGGGGGAGGGGAGUGGAUACGUUUUUUCCAGAGGUGGAGGUGAGGUUUCGUAUCAAAGAGUGCCAGAGGGGGCUGCGUGGGGGGAGGCGGGAGCAUUUUCAUGUUCCCGUGUUGUUGGGGCCGUUUGGGUAUACGACGUAUAGAGGGAGUUAG